AUGGCUGGUAGUUAUGAUAUUAAAAAGCAAGACACCAAUUUGCUUCAGGUCUAUUGUGAUGAAAACAAUAAGCACACAAUUUAUCAAACUGACAUUAGAUAUUCCUGUUCCUGUGAUUAUAAUAAACAAUUUUCUUUACUAUGGCGUCAUGUUCUUGCUGUUCAUAUUGCUGAUAAAAAAUCUAUCGAUGUCAAUUACAUUGGUGCUCGAUGGAUUAUUUCAACAGCAGGAUUUACUAUACCUCAACCAGAAAAAGAAAAUAAUUUUACUGGCAACUUAAUAGAUAACAAUGAACCUGAAACUGAGCUUUUAUUUUUUUCUAAUUAUAAUAUUUGUAAGAUCUCCACUAAUCAACAACUGCAUAGAAGUACUGUGGAUUUACUUAAAGAUAUUGAGACCAUUUCUAAUCGAGUAGAUCAUAUUGAAAUUAACAGCACCCUUGCACGUUUUGUAGAACAGCUAAAUAACAAAUAUCCUUUAUCACAAGAAGAUAUUGGAGAUCCUAUUAUUGUGAAAACAAAGGGAAGACCAACCAGUACUAAGCGUAAAAAGAUCGGUGCAGAACAUGUUACUAAAAAAAUGUAUAUAUGCGGUAUCUGUAAUGAUGCUGAACACAAUUCCAGAAGUUGUCCUAGAAAG